AUGGAUUCGAGCUUCGAACGACCGGAAAAGACAACGAGUGGUUGGAACAGUCUCCUUGGCGCCAUUCGCACCCACAGUAGUCUACCCGACGAUUUCAGGGAGAUUUUGAUUCUUAGGGUUGCCGCGUUAAACUCAGCCCCUUACGAAUGGAUUCAGCACGAAAAAGUAGGAAGAAGCGCUGGUCUGACGACCCCACAACUGAUGCGGAUUCGUGAUAUCAUCAAGCCACUCACCGAUACUCUUGAUCGGUCUCAUGUCGUAUUGUCAGAUCUGCAUCUGGCUGGAUUGGCAUUUACGGAUAGCUUGACAAGGGAAAUCCAAGUCAGGGAUCUGACGUUUGAUAAACUCAAGAACGAAUUCAGUCGUCUCGGCAAUGAACCGGAACAAGUGACCAAGAUGCUCUUCGAUGCUGCCGCGACAGUAUCAGGAUAUAACAUGGUUUCUCGAAUGCUCGUUGGUCUCGAGAUCGGAGAUGAUCGGGAUGAUUCCGUGGAUUUACCUGGCUUGGAAACUCGAUUCGAGAAGCUGGUCAUGAGGGACGGGACUCGACUGAAUUCCGGAGUCCCCACGACUGAUUGCACACUCAAUCAGCUAGCUGAUGAUGUAUCCGCUAUUGUGGAGCAGCUGGGCUUACAGACACCAUUGCAUGGCUUGAUUGGAGUGUCUCAAGGUGGGGCAACUACGUUGGAAAUGUCUACCCGAAGUCCCCAUCUUUUCAAGCACUACGUUGUUUGCGAUACACAACCUUCCUCGCCCUCCGGAGCCCGAGAUGUCUGGAAGACGCGAAUCGAUUUGGCAGAAGGCUCAGAGGACGGAUUCAAAAAGUUAUCCGAAGCGACCAUCUCCAGAUGGUUUCCGAUUGAAUCGCACAUGAAUCAACCCAAUAACCAAACCUCAACCUGUAUACGUAGGAUGAUAGAAGAGACUGAUCUUGGAGGCUUUGAAUCAGGCGCCGCUGCUCUAUACGAUUAUCAAGUCGACGAAGAUCGAAUCCCUUGUGAUGAGCAUCAGAAAGUGUUGUUGCUUGCUGGUGAAAGAGAUGGCUCGUUACCUCAAGUCUUGGAAGCACUUUCAAGAAGAUUGAAUAAGGCUGGCAAACCUGUGAAAUUUAUGACUGUUCCCGGGGCUGGACACUUGCCUAUGGUGGACCAACCUUUGAAAUUCCUCAACAUCCUCGAACCGUUUUUGGAUAAUUGA